GUUCGUGUUGUUCUCUCGGGUGACGCACAGAGUAAGCUACUUUAUUUUCACUAAACUCUCCAGUUUUCUUUAUUUUUCGUCAAAGUUUUCGUUGUUUUUCAGCAUAUGGCCGGUCCGAAUCUUUUCGUUACUGUUCUUUCAAUUCCUCUUCUUCUUUUCACCGUUUUUGGAAAUUUUCUUGUUAUAAUAGUCAUCCGCAAGUGCAAGAAAAUUUUGAACGCAAAUACCCAUCUUAUAUUCCACCUUGCAUGGUCUGAUUUGUUUUUUGCUCUGACCACUUUCGCGGAGACGAUUCUCGUCUCUCUUGAAGUUCCUUACUCCUCUUUCCAAUUCCUUUUUAACGCUUUAUUUUCAAGUUAUAUUCUUGUUGUCCUAGCGAUUGAGAGGUACUAUGCAAUUCUGAAACCUUUCGUGCACAUGAAAAAGGUGGAUGUGUGUUUAACGCGGAAAGUUUGUACCGCGCUGUGGGUCUUGGUUGGUGUCUUAACUGCGACAGGAUUUGUUAUCGAAUCAUUUGAAAAUAGGUACAAGUAUUCUGGGUUUGUUAAUGGUUCGAUGGACACCUCAAGAGAUCUUCCUCCUGUCCUCGAAACCAUUAAUAUUACCUUCGUAUUUGUUGUUUUUGUACUCGGUCUCGUAAUACCAAGUACUGUUAUGAUCCUGUGUUAUUCACAUGUGAUUUAUCAUGUGUGGUUCAGCGCUGAAGACAAAGCAACGAACGCUGCUCUCUUCAAAUCGCGCCGUAAACUGACCAAACUUUUUAUCAUCGUAACCAUGAUAUUCAUUAUUACUUGGACUCCAACAUAUGGCAGGCUAAUCGUCAAGGAGUUUGUGAACCAUGAAACGACAAAGAAGUCCUAUCAGCUUGUUUCCAUGCUGCUUGCCCUGAUUGGUUCAGCGGCAAAUCCUGCCAUUUAUUCGUUUCGUUGUCCAAGAUUUCGCCAGGAAGCUGUUAAAACGUUAUCAUGUUGUUGCUGUAAAAUGAGAAGACGCCGUCCAAAGGGACGAAGUGGUAACAGAGUGUUUGUGACCAGUGACCGCUGUAUGACUGAGACACAACACAAUACAACAAAUCUGAAUGAAACCUACGCUGAUUCAGGGUAGAAAUUUUACAUUCAUGGCUACAUGAAGUUGCUCAUUGACACAGAGGGGCACUUUGGCUUACUUUAUGAUCAAGCCCUUUAAGUUCCUCUGUAUCGUUUUCAUUUCAAAUGACCAUCACAUCGGCUUCUGAUAUUCAUGUAAACGUCUCAGAGAUCACUGUUACCAUUCGCUUAAAAACACAUCCGCUGCUAUGAGAAUAAGAGAGCUAUAAAGCUUGGCUUUAGAUAGAUGAGAUACGAGGAAAGUAUCAGCCGCCAAUGGCAAAUUACACGUUGUAAUAGCACAUUUAAUUAGUGUUGUUUUACUAAGAGUGCUUUUGCUUGAAAAUACGCUUUACUGGUGGAGUGGAAAAGUAGCAGUCUGCAGUGAAAUUGUGUAUUCCAGAAUUAUAAACCAAAUAUGGAAGAAUAAUUGCCUGAAAUACGAGAAGGGAGACGUUCUUUUUGCUCAUUUGUUAGCUUGUUACCGAGAGUAUGGCAUUUAAACACCGCCUACUGGGUUUUUGAGAACCAAAGGGAAAACUGAAGUUUCACCGCAUCAAGAUCAUUCACACAAUUCAAACUUCUUCCCAUUAUUAAUCACUGAUAAUUACAAAUAUACAUUCAGAAUAUUAAAGGCAACUGUUUCCGUACUACGAGACUACUGACAACAAAAGAUAUAGCUCGUUCUGGUACAAGCUUCAGAGAUGUACACCGCAAGUCAAUUUUGUGCCAUUUAUUUUAUAUGUUCAAUUAGUACUAGAGUGGACAUGCAUACUACAGUUACUAAUUGUGAUGUUUUGGACCACGAAGAUUCUUUGAAAGUAAGGAUCAUGUUAUGAGUAAAUAAGCGUGAGAACGUAGCAAUGUCAGAGUCGGAGCAAUUGCGCACCUACCCCUGCCCUAACCCAACAACAGUCAACUAAUAACAAGUUAGGGUUGGGGUUAGUUUAGGGGAGGGGUAGGUGCGCAGCCUUGAUUUAGAAGAAUAGUGUUGGAAACACAGUCAAGGAUUUAUAAUCGAUAACUAUAAUCUGAUGGUGUAUAACAUAUUUCGUGUUACAGUAAGUGAAUGGGGUGCUUUAACAAAAGUCCUGGUUCUGCUGUGAAUAAAGAUCUUCAAUAAGAUGAGAAUUAAUAAAAGUUCUUUGAGUGUUA